AGACUUGCCGUCGCGGAAGCGUAAAUAGGCAGUUGAUCCGAUAGUAGCAGAACCAAACAACUCCACGUGGAAGACGUAUAACAGAUUUACUGGCCGCCCGAUUAAAUCGGGGUUUUGCCGGUUAAACGCCGAAAUAAUCUUGAUUUCUAUAAAUAACAGUAAAUGCUGUUAAAGGUCGGAGUCGCGCAGAAUGACGUCCUGGCGCCGUUGAAGCUGCACAGCAGUGGACUGAGCCCACAGGUCUACAUGUUCAAGUAUGAUUCCACUCAUGGUGUGUUCAAGCACGGAGAGGUGAAGGCAGAGGGCGGCAAGCUGAUCAUCGGCAAGAUGUCCAUCAUGGUCUUCCACGAGAGGGACCCCGCCAACAUCAAAUGGAGCGAUGCUGGCGUCGACUAUGUUGUUGAGUCUACCGGUGUGUUCACCACCAUCGAGAAGGUCUCUGCUCACCUGAAGGGCGGCGCUAAGAGGGUGGUGAUCUCUGCUCCCAGCGCUGACUCUCCCAUGUUCACGAUGGGCGUCAACCACGAGAAGUACGAGAACUCUAUGAAGGUUGUCAGCAACGCUUCCUGCACAACCAACUGCCUGGCUCCCCUCGCCAAGGUUAUCAACGACAACUUCGGCAUCAUUGAGGGUCUCAUGAGCACAGUCCACGCCGUCACCGCCACACAGAAGACAGUUGACGGUCCCUCCGGCAAGCUGUGGAGAGACGGACGUGGUGCUGCCCAGAACAUCAUCCCCGCCUCCACUGGAGCCGCCAAGGCUGUCGGCAAGGUCGUCCCCGAGCUCAACGGCAAGCUGACCGGUAUGGCUUACAAUAAUAAUUAGAAGAAUUUUAAUUGUGAUUUUCUCAACCUCUCAUUUAAAGAUAUCAGUACUUGUUUAUAACAUUUGUAUAUAUAGACAAAUUAAAUAUAAUAUGUAUAAAUAUAAAAUAUAUAACAUUUAGAACCUUGCUGUCUUGCGCAAAGUGGAUAGUGAAACUGAAUAAAAGCACAAAUACAUUUAAA